AAGGAUCCAUCAUGUCAGCCCUAAACUGGAAGCCCUUUAUCUAUGGAGGUUUAGCAUCAAUCACUGCAGAAUGUGGUACUUUCCCCAUUGAUCUGACCAAAACACGCCUGCAGGUUCAAGGUCAAGUUAAUGAUGCCAAGUACAAAGAGAUCCGGUACCGGGGGAUGGUGCAUGCACUGGUCAGAAUAUGCAGAGAAGAAGGAUUGAAAGCCUUAUACUCUGGGAUUGCUCCUGCGAUGCUCCGUCAAGCUUCCUAUGGAACAAUAAAAAUAGGCACUUACCAGAGCUUAAAAAGAAUGUUUGUUGAGCACCCAGAAGAUGAGACUCUGAUGGUAAAUGUGCUCUGUGGCAUUCUUUCGGGAGUCAUCUCUUCAUCUAUUGCCAACCCGACAGAUGUCUUGAAGAUCAGAAUGCAAGCCCAAGGUAGAGUGAUUCAAGGAGGAAUGAUGGGCAACUUCAUACAGAUCUACCAAAAUGAAGGCACUAAAGGCUUAUGGAAGGGAGUCUCACUGACAGCACAGAGAGCUGCCGUCGUUGUUGGAGUGGAGCUGCCGGUGUACGACAUGACGAAGAAGCACAUCAUUCUGUCUGGAUUUAUGGGAGACACAGUAUAUACCCACUUCCUCUCAAGUUUCACCUGUGGGUUAGCUGGAGCCCUUGCAUCCAACCCCAUUGAUGUUGUGAGAACACGCAUGAUGAAUCAGAGAAGCCACCAACAUGGAGGACACUCCAACUAUAAGGGUACCUUGGAUUGCCUGUUACAAACAUGGAAGAAUGAAGGCUUCAUUGCUCUUUAUAAAGGAUUUUGGCCCAACUGGUUAAGGCUUGGUCCUUGGAAUAUCAUUUUCUUUCUGACAUAUGAACAGCUGAAGAAAUUAGACUUGUGACAGGCUGAGCUCUGUGCUGAAUUCUGUUCAUGUACUGUGAGUUUAGAGCAACCUCUUAAGUUAUCCUGAGUGCCUGCUCUUUAUUGCCUGAGGUACUGACCAAAGGAAGAGGUGAUUACAAGGCCCUUGUGAAUGAGAACAGCCUGGAAGUGACUUCUGGGCUAACUGGCUGCUGUGGCAGUGGCUUGCUGGUGUGAUUCCGUGGAUGAUGUGCACUGUUUCCUGGCCUGAACCAAAUGAGGUGGAAUACCUUCAGUCAACUUUAAGUGUUGUUAAUGUGAAGAUGGGUAAUGCAAUGUUGUUGAGGCUUAGAUGCACAGUGUAAGAGACAAAGAACAAUCUUUCUCUAGAGGAAGAUAGGUGGUACCAAGGAGCUGGGCUUCUCUUGGUUUCAGAAGUGUGCAAUUGGACUGCACUAGCUUAGAGUUCCUCCUUACCUGGAAGUCACCAGGAGGCAUCUAUGCAAGCUUUCAAUUCAGCAAAACAACCUUCUGCAACACAAAAUCUGCUCCUGGCUUUGGAGCUUUCCUGUGUUCUGAGCCCUCAGAUGCCUGCAUGCAGAACUUGCUGGGAGUUAUCCAGCUUCAUUUGCAAGUGUGGCUGCUGCACUUGUCAGCUUUGCAUAUCUCCAGGAAAGGGGGGGCUGUCCCCCACACAUCCCUGAUGUAUCAUUCAGCAUGAGUGGUUCAUCAGCAUAUUCAUGUGCCCAAACAAGCCCAUGCUCAUCUGCCUAUCUUGCAGAGAAACUUGACAUUCUUCUUCUGUUGCUGGGAAGAGCUACUUGUAAUGGCUGCUGGCUGUUGUGUUAUGCAAGUUUCAGGCUGAGCAGUUGAGGCUGUGUGGUGUAGGUGUCUGUGUGAAAAGAACCAAACCCUUCCACAGGUACCUGUACUAUGAAGGCUGCUUUUCUUGUUCUCAAAGGCACUCACACCAAAAACUACUGAGCACUUUCGUACAGCAAGCAGGCCCAGGUUGUCAUUACACACCAGUCAGAACAACUAUGAGCUCAAAUGUUACCCUUGCUUGGCUUAAAUGUGUAUCAAAACCUCAAGGCCAUUACUAACUACACAAUUAUGCCAAAGUUCUUACAAAUGCUGCUGCUGUUCAAUACCAGGAAAGGAGCCCUGUGAGAUGCAAGUCAUACAGGGGUCCUUCAGUGCUCAAAGCAGGAUGCAUAGCUUCACCAUUCUUGUGGCAUUGUGUUGGUCUCUUAACCAUUUUUGUUCAGUCCUUAGAAUAGAAUUAACCAGGUUGGAAAAGACCUUUGAGAUCAUUGUGUCCAACCUAUCACCCAACACCAUCUAAUCAACCAAACCAUGGCACCAAGUGCCCCAUCCAGUCUCU